AUGCACGCCUGCGCCGGGGGUGGGGGCGCCGCCGUGGCCUCGCUGCUCCUUGCCCACGGUGCAGACCCCUCAGUCCGAGAUCACGCGGGCGCCUCGGCGCUUGUACACGCCCUGGACCGCGGGGACCGCGAGACCCUUGCCACGCUGCUGGACGCCUGUAAGGCCAAGGGCACGGAGGUCAUCAUCAUCACCACUGAUACCUCGCCCUCGGGAACCAAGAAGACCCGGCAGUAUCUCAAUUCCCCACCGUCCCCAGGGGUGGAGGAUCCCGCUCCCACUUCUUCUAGCCCAGGGGUCUGCACGUCGCCUUCGGAAAUCCAACUGCAGACUGCAGGAAUAGGAGGACGAGGGUUGUUAUCCCCUCGCGCCCAGGAAGAAGAAGAGAAGCGGGACGUAUUUGAAUUCCCUCUUCCUAAGCCCCCUGAUGAUCCCUCCCCUCCUGAGCCGCUCCCCAAACCACCCCGUCACCCUCCAAAACCACUCAAAAGGCUCAACUCUGAGCCCUGGGGCCUAGUGGCCCCUCCUCAACCGGUACCGCCCGCGGAAGGGAGGCCGGGGAUCGAGCGUCUGGCUGUGGAAUUCAACGGCCUGACCCUGACCGGUCGACCCCGUCUUUCCAGACGUCACAGCACUGAAGGCCCAGAGGACCCGCCCCCGUGGGCGGAGAAAGUGACGGGUGGGGGUCCUCUCUCUCGCCGAAACACAGCGCCGGAAGCUCAGGACGCUUGUCCUCCUUCCGGGCUGAGGCAGAAACUGAGCCGUAUUGAGCCAGUGGAGCUAGACAGCCCCGGGAAUAUUUGCCCUGACUCCCCGGAGUGCAGCCGCCUGUCCUCGGAGCGCCGUCGGUACAGCGCCUCCCCGCUGACCCUCCCUCCAGCCGGUUCGGCUCCCUCCCCGCGCCAGUCUCAGGAGAGUCUCCCUGGGGCUGUGUCUCCGCUGAGUGGACGGAGGCGUAGUCCGGGACUGCUGGAGCGUAGGGGCUCCGGGACGUUGCUCCUGGACCACAUCGCGCAAACGCGGCCUGGUUUCCUGCCCCCUCUUAACGUCAGCCCCCACCUUCCCAUCCCCGACAUUCGUCCUCAGCCAGGAUGUCGGGCGCCUUCGUUGCCCGCUCCUCCCCAAGUCGGGGCGCCAGGCUCUCCUAGGACCAAGCGCAAGUUGGUGAGGCGCCACUCCAUGCAGACUGAGCAAAUCCGCUUGCUAGGGGGCUUCCAGAGUUUAGGCGGGCCAGGGGAGCCAGGGCGCUGA